AUGUCCAGCUACAGUCUGUCAAAAAAGACUUCUUCUAAUGCGGACGCAGUCAUCGCCCAGGACCCCGACAGCCAAACCCAAAAACCCGACAUCAGAAAACCGCAGACUCCUUUGCAUACCCAAUCAGCCACACUGAUCGCGGGCGACUCUAGAGUCUACACAAGAACGAAAACAAAUAGGUGCACUCCUCUGCGAAAACAAACCUAUAAUAAUAAUAAUAAUAAUAAUAAUAAUAAUAAUAAUAAUGUUUAUUCCCAACUUGUGGUCGGCAUACCGCCUGGUGCUGGCGCUCAACGCUAA